AUGUUUGGCAUUCUUCUCCCUGACGAACUCUGCACGCCGUGGACUUCUUUCAAACCGUCCGAAAUCCGAGUCUGCGAGGAGAAGGUCAUUGGGCCUCCUAACCACGCACCACGCAAAGUUCUCCCGAAGGACGACACCAUCGCAUUCUUGAAGCUCAUGCAUCGCGGCGACAAGCAGUGCCUCAAGGCCGAGCUGGAUACCUACAACAAGAUCGACAAGGCACGGCUUGACAGUACGACCAGGGUCUCACGCCUUCAUGGUCUGGUGCGGGAUGACAGCGGCGCAAUUCUUGGCCUUUUGCUCAUCUAUAUCGACUGCAAAAAUCUGACGUUGUCUUGCGCUCUGCACAAUGCUGGGGUCGUCUGGGGAGAUGCUAAGCCGGACAACGUGUUGAUCGAUAGCAGCCAGGAUGCUUGGGUUGUCGACUUUGGUGGCGGGUACACAGAGGAAUGGGUGCCCAAGACGUUGGCUGGCACGACAGAGGGUGAUCUGGUUGCUCUUGAGAAGAUAGUGGAGUUCAUUAGCACGUGA